CGCCGGGACGCCUCACCGUACGCGUCGAAGCGAGGACGAGAGACAGAACGCGACACAGACAGCACAGAGAGAUCGCGCAAAGCUGGUGGACAGAGAUACGCGAGGUCGGCGCGCUGUCGCCUCACGAUGGGGUGAAGUCCGGGGCGGGCUGGCGAGCGGCGGAGCCCACGAUGAGCCCCGCCUCGCAGGGCGGUCUGGAGCUGAAGCGCUACAUCGGCAGCUGCCUCAUCUCGGCGCCGGCGCUGCGUAAGACGGGCGGCGGCUGCAGGGGGGCGGCGGCGGCCGAGGGCGGCGCGGCGCUGGUGGCGGGGCCGGCGCCGGCGCCGCUCUGCGGGCUGCCACUCAUCUCGCUGGCGGCGCGGCCCGGCGCCUUCUCGCGACUCGCCAUGCACACGCAGGGCGCUCCGCUCAUCCUGGCAGGCCGCUACGGCGCCCGCAAGCAGGGCCAGGGGCAGGGCCAGCGGCAGCAGCAGCAGCCGCAGCAGCGGGGGCAGGGGGCGGCGCAGCCGCAGACCGCGGCCCGCAGGCGCGCGCCCGCGCUGGCGCCGGCCGUGGCGCGCGCCGCCGAAGGCGCCACGGAGGCCGCCGCGGCCGGAGGCGCAGGCGGCGGAAGAGCCACCAGCAGCGACUCGCUCAACACGGCCAGCGAUGAGAGCUCGGGCCCGUCCGAGAACAGCCUGCCGCGCAUCAUCAAGCCCCGCAAGCGGCGCAAGAAGGAUCGGAAGCCGCCGCCGGCGCCCGCCGCCUCCCAGCCGGCCGCGCCGCCCUCGCCGGAGGCGGCCGCCCCGGAGGGCUCCAGCAUCGUCACGCUGCGGCCGUACGUGCCGCUCUGCUUCGAGCUGUAUGACGGCGCGCGGCCGCCCCCAGCCGCCGCCACCGCCACCGCCACGGCAAGCACGCGCCGGGCCGCCGAGCCUAAGCGCAGCGAGCCCCCCAGGAGCAAGCCGAGGCCGCAGCUGCAGCUGCAGGCCCAGGCGGCGCGCAGCGGGGACGGCGAGGCCGCCCCCCAGCUGCAGCUGCGGCCGCCUGCCCCCUCGGCGUCCCCGUCGCCGUCCGUGUGCCAGUGCCGCUACUGCGACCCUCGCGGCCACAUUUGGGACGUGCACCGGCACUGCUACUCGCCGGUGCUGACCGCGCCCGCCCCGGACGAGUCCCCGUUCGCCAGCAUCCCCCUGUUCCUGAGCGCGCCGCCCGCCGGCCACGCCGCCGACACCGACGACGGCUUCUUCAGCGACGACCUGCCUACGUCCGCGUCGCCCUUCUCGCUGUCCGGCGACGCCGAAGACUCGCCCGCCGACGGCGGCAGCGGCAGCGCGCUACGCCGCAGCUGGAGCGGCUGCUCCUCUUCCUCAUCCUCUUCCUUCUCCUCGUCUUCUUCUUCGUCGUCAUCGCCGCCGUCGCUCGCCGCUGACCCUGGCGGCCGCGCGCACACUGCGGCCGUCACCGUCGCCUCGCAGGGGCUGCAGGUGUCCACCGAGAUAGUCACCUCCCCCAACGGCCACCGCGACCUCGAGAUCAGGUUCUACUCGAGCUCGCCGCCGGGCCGGCAGGCUGCGAGCGAUGCCCGCGUCCGGACCGAGGCGGCGUGGCCCGCGAGCCGGCCGGGAGGCGGCGGCCUGUGGCGGAGCGGCCAGGCGGACGAGCACGGCGCAGCGGCGCUCGGCGACGAGGUGCUGCAGCUCAGCAUACGAGCCGAGGAGUAGCGUGUGAACACCGCUAGGCACUUCACAACCUCACCUACUCGUCUCCUGCUCGCACUGCUUUCGGUCGCCGUCACUCGCAACUCGGUAGUGGCUCAUCCGUUCUUCCUAGCACGCCGUAGAAACCGUAGUCGGUGACAGAACGCGUUUCGGCUUGCAAAACAUUUACCUACGUGCAAAUGUUUCUCGUUCGGAGCAGUAUUUCGAAGGUACGUAGGUACUGGUGGUUUCAUACUUCCAGUCUGGCUGCGGUACAUUCGCGGAAAGUCGCUACUGACAGAAUUAUCGUCGAACCGCAGGGUUACGACGUAAGUCAGCCUCUGGCGCGUAACCCGAAUUCCCCGUGGAUGUUACUCGUCGUACACUUCCUACAGGUUUAAUGUUGGCACAAUCAAUGAUCUUUGGAGAACACCUCGGGGUCUCGAGUUAAUAAUUGUAAUUUACGGUGUCAUUUUCAAAUCGGAUAACAACGGAUCCCAAAGUGUGAGACAACGCAGUAUUUCGCUGCGUUCAUGUUCUGAGUAUGAUGUUAACUUGUUCGAGGACAUAACAGUAUUGUGUUUUUGAGUUACUUGAUGACAAGAUCACCUCGCUCUCUCUCUCUCUCUCUCUCUCUCUCUCUCUCUCUCUCUCUCUCUCUCUCUCUCUCUCUCUGCCUACCCAUCUAUCGAGUGCGUGCGCGCCUGUCUGAGACCAGGUGGAGCUUCAAUAGGUUAGUAGCGACAGUAGUGAUUCCAUUAUGGGCGUGGGAGAAUGGGGACCUCUUGCGCUUUGUAGUUUAGACGGGGAGGCCGCCAAGUUGCCGACCCCGGCGUGCAGACGUGCUCCCCUCUGACACUACCGGGGCCACGUGUGUUUACAGUAGUGGCGCAGUCGCCACGUCAGGCGGAACGCCGGCGGCUAGUUGGCACAGUGUCAGCUGUGCUGGUCAGUGCUGCGGCUCUUGCUUUCUCACCCUCGUAUCGUUCUUCUUUCACAAGUAUUCGUAUUCGACUCAUCUGCAGAAAUGAGUGUACCUGCUUGUGACAGAUGACAAUCUGUACCUGACUGAAAGUCCACGUCUGUGCUUCCUCGAUCACAUCUCUCAAUAAUAACGCAUUCAGUGUAGUCGUCACCUCACCACAGCGGAGCUCAAACUUAAUUUUUCUCAUUGACAAUGUGCCUUGCUUGAAACCACACAACGUUUCGAUAUAUUUAUUGCACAUUUAAUAUCGGUAUAUCGUCGUUCUCGCUAGCUUCGGUGUUGGCCAGUCUCAAUGCAAAUUAUCACACUUCUUUCAUCCUUCCGUAUCUCGUUAGAUACCGAGCAUUUCCACAAAUUACUUUAUAAGUUCUCUGCCUUCCCAUUUUUCUUUCUGGGUUUUCCAUUUAAGAUAUAAAACAACAAUUAACAUACAAUUCGCUCUAAACUCAUGGUGUAAUUGUAUUUGUGUUACUGUGAUUUUAUUGAGCGAUCACCAUUUAAGAGUUGGAUUCAUUGCAGCCUCCAGUACGUGUGUAAUAGCUUGCGCGCGGUAUCUACAUUAACUCUACCCAAUUACCUUUCUGACACGCACGGUUCACUGUUUUAAGUUAUAUCCCCUGAGAACACCAUAUAUGGUAAAAUCGUUUCAUUAGUUAGUUAAUUUAGAGCUCAUUUGUUCGUCAGAUGACCCCGAAAUAUCCGCUAACGUUUUCCGUGAAAAUGUGCCUUUCGACCGCACCAUCUUCAUUGUGUAAGUGAACCGUGAAAGAACGUUGCGACAUAGCCGCGGCAGUCGCUGGACAACAUAUUUGUCUGCGGAUUCUCGCGCACAAACUCUUGCUAGCGCUCAUCACUCGGGCUGCGCUGUGUCCCGCUCUUAACGACAUUAAAUGUAAUGUAACGGUUGCGUGACGAUCUCUGAUGACCAAUAGCGACUAUAUUUUGAGGCGCCUUUUUCUCACAUCUUUGCUUGUAUUCACACUUGUGCAUUUCAUGUGUUGUUUCCUUCAUAACGCAACUUGUAUGUGUGUGCACAUUUGGGAUUGGAUUUGUGUGUUCUUUCACUAGAGACUGUAAAAGCUGUACUAUUUUUUUCUAGCAGUGUUAAAUACACUUUGUUCCUUGUGAAA